ACUAAAAACCUGUCUAUAAAUAACCCAUCUCUACUCCGAUUUCUUACCUCCUCCUCCUCCUCUUCUUCUUCUUCUUCUCAUCAACCUUAAUCUAAAUUUCUUCUAUUUUCUACAUCCAUUCGAAUUCCGUUACUUCUCCAAAUUCCUUGCAUUUCCCCCCUUUCUUCUUCGAUUUUUCCGGCUCUGAAUUUCUCCUACUUCUGAUUAUGAGGUUGAUGGAAGAUUUGUCUUACUCUGCCAACGAAGGCACCCCUGAAAUGGACCAAACGGUGUCGCUUCACUCCAGGUUUUCCAAUGCCCAUCAACAACGGAAGGUUGUUGUUGUUGGCUAUGCUCUUACCUCCAAGAAGACCAAGAGUUUCAUGAAGCCUAAGCUUGAAGGAUUAGCUAGGAAUAAGGGUAUAUUGUUUGUUGCAAUUGAUCAAAAUAGACCUUUGUCGGAUCAGGGUCCUUUUGACAUUGUUCUACACAAGUUGUCAGGAAAAGAGUGGCGUCAGAUUCUUGAGGAAUACAGGCAAACACACCCAGAAGUGACUGUCCUAGAUCCUCCAGAUGCGAUACAGCAUUUACACAAUCGCCAGUCUAUGCUUCAAGCAGUUGCUGACAUGGACUUAUCUUUAUCCUAUGGCAAAGUAGGUGUUCCAAAACAAUUAGUCAUAAAGAAAGAUGCAUCAUCCAUUUCUGAUGCGGUGGUGAAUGUCGGGCUGAAACUUCCUCUCGUUGCUAAACCGUUGGUUGCUGAUGGAAGUGAAAAAUCCCAUCAAUUAUCUUUAGCUUAUGAUAAGUACUCCCUCCAAAAGCUUGAGCCUCCUCUUGUUCUCCAGGAGUUUGUUAACCAUGGAGGCGUCAUGUUUAAGGUCUUCAUCGUUGGUGAAGCUAUAAAAGUGGUCAGACGUUUUUCUUUACCAAAUGUCAGCAUGUGGGAGGUAUUGAAAAAUGCUGGCAUUUAUCAUUUCCCAAGAGUUUCUCAUGCUGCGGCAUCUGCUGAUGAUGCUGAUCUAGAUCCUUGUGUUGCUGAACUUCCUCCACGACCUCUCUUAGAGAGACUAGCAAAGGAACUCAGACGUAGACUGGGGCUUCGUUUAUUCAACCUGGAUAUCAUUCGAGAGUAUGGAACUAGAGAUCACUAUUAUGUCAUUGAUAUCAACUACUUCCCUGGAUAUGGGAAAAUGCCGGAAUAUGAGCACAUAUUCACAGACUUCCUGUUGGGUUUGGUGCAAAGCAAGUACAAGAAGAGAACAACUUACUAGAAAAUUCUUUAAUUCUCGUAUGGUCACGUUCAGUACUCUCCAGAUUAUAUUACAGAACUCUAGAAUGAAUAAGCGGCACAAGGGCCACUCAAGCAACUCAUACAAUCUUUUACUUGGCUGAAGGAUAAGGACAGGGACGAGGAAGGGGACAGGGACAGGAGAAGCCUUAGCUAGUAGGUGUUAUGGUAUGAAAUGGAUUGCUUAAAUCUCUGUCCUUCGGCUUCUUAGCCAAUUAUCUAAUGUUAUGGCUCGCUCACAAAGUUGACGAGUUUGCAGUUUGGAAGGUGUAAAUAUGCCUUUUUAACUUUGCAUUAAUUAGCCCAAAUUUGAAACUAAUUCUCUCUGGGGUCCUCUGUUCGCUUUUGUUAGGAGGUUACUAGAAAAUGGCUGUAAAUAUUUCUAAGAUAGAAGGAAUGUGUCAAGGAUCGAAUGUAAAUUUUGAUUUAGAAGAAUCAAUUAACGAAAUGUGUUUUUACAUGGCAAUGGGUAGGUGAGAUCGUUAUAUGAUUGUUGAUCGAAA